AUGGCUAGCAGACUGAGAGAUUUCACCAGGAUGAAUCCUCCAGUCUUCUUUGGGUACAGAGCCCAUGAGGAUCCCCAAGAAUUUGUGGAUGAGGUCCACAAGAUUCUCUGUGCUAUGGGUGUUAAUGAAGAGGAGAAGGAUGAGUUGGAUGCAUACCAUCUCAACGAUGUGGCGCAGGUAUGGUACAAGAUGUGGGUAGAUGGCCGAGCACCAGGAGAAGUCCCCAUUACUUGGGACAUUCUCAAUACUUCAUUCCUAGAGAGGUUCUUUCCCAGAGAGCAGAGAGAGGAUAAGGUUGAGGAGUUCAUCUACCUACAUCAGGAAGGUAUGUCAGUCAAAGAAUACUACUUGAAGUUUGUUAAACUUUCCAAAUAUGUUUCUUCCCUGGUGUCCAGUAGCAGGGAUGAGAUGAGCAGGUUUGUGACUUGUGUAUCGGAGUAUCUGGAGGAGUAA